UGGCGGUGGUUAGGGGCGGAGAUGGCCGCCGGCUGAGGAGGCGGCGGCGCGGCAGGGGUAGCCGGGCACGUCCCGGGACCGGUAGGCGGCAGGUGGGCUCCUCGGUGGGCAGGGGCCGGGCGGGACCCCUCCCGGGUCCCCCACAGGACUCCCAGCCCCGGCUUCCCCUCAGAGGCGCCUCCCUCAGCCAGGGCGGCCCCGCGGGGUAGAGCCCCGUGAGGCGGGGAGCAGCGGCGUGUGCUGUGUGUGCCCUGCGAGCAGCCCCCUCGGCAGUGUCGGCAGGAGGGUGCCGGGGACAGCGCCAGGAAGAAGGAGAGAAAUCCUUUCCGUGCUCCGGGGAUGAGUGGAUGUUGAGGGACGCGUUGUUAACACCCCCGCUGCUCAGCCCGGGUCCCCCCGACCCGCUGAGGAGGGGAUUGAGGCUGCCGCUGGCUCAGUCCGACACGGCUCUGCGUGCAGGUUUCUCCUCCCUGCGAACACGAAAAGCAGAUGCACAGGGCAGAUGGCUGGUGUAAAUCGUUCCGUAACGCGUACUUGGCUUCGGAGGACGGGCUGUACCUGUGCAGAAGAAUAACGAAGCUGCAAGCCCAGACAUGAAGCACUGUGCCCUGUGAUGUUUGUUUUGCUAGCUCUUACUGUUGGAGGAUGGCUGCUCUAUUCUGUGAAAAUUGUUCUGGUCAGUACCACUACCCGCAGGUCCACCAGCCUUUUGAAAUCAGCUGCAUGUUGCUUCUGAUUAUGCUUGGAAAAGUGUCCCUUGAUUUCUUCAUGUUGCAAGUUAAGCAAAAAAAUGUGAAAGUUAGUUUUAUGGGAUACUUCUGUGUUUCUUUGGCACUUCUUGAUUUCAUCCUGCUGAUCAAUAUAGCUGUCAUUUUCUAUUUUGAAGACUUUGCGCUCUGGGGUGUAAGAUUUACAAAGUACCACAUCUGCCUCUUCACUCAGAUAAUUUCUCUUACUUACGGUAUUUUGCAUUACCCAGUAUGUCUCGUGGCUGGUCUGGAUUAUUACAUGACUAUAGCCCAAACCUCUCAAUCUCCUAGACGAGGCCAAAGACUAUUUUAUGCAUUUGUUGUGAUUUUUAUAUGGAUUUCAGUUUUUUUUUGUAUUCUGAAAGUUCCUGCUAUCUACGAAGAACUAGAAAUUCGGAACCAUUUUUCUCCUUAUCAGUGUCCUCUCUAUGUCAGCGUGCAGAGCUACGCCGUCUCGUUUGCCAUGCUGCUUCUCAUAGGCAUGGCUUUCAUGGUUUCUCGGAAGGAAGUUAUAACCAUGAUACUGUCUGUCAGGGUGGUUUCUUUUGCCAGUCAGCCUGUUCUGAUGUUCUCAUACGCGUCUAACAACAACGGCACUUGCUUUAAGUGGCAACUUCUGACCAGACUCCUCGUCUGUUUCCUUGGCACUUGGGCACCUUUUGUGCUUCUUCAGUUUAUCGUUUUGUUUCUUGGUGCUCGGAUUCCAGCCUACAUGGAGAUGAAUGUCCCCUGGCUGUACUUCAUCAACAGCUUUCUCAUUGCAGUAGCAUACUGGUGUCGAUGUCACGAUGUCGAAUUGACAGAGGAGAUGUGGUCUACAGACCCAUUUGUUAGCUGGAAAUUCUGCUUUAUGCCAUUUAACAAUGAAAACACAGAGCCAGCUGAAAAGCCAGGCACAGUGAUUGUGAUCUGUUAA